AUGGCAGAGAACCACGCCAAAAACCCUAUGGACAUGACCGCAGCCGCAAAGAUCGCUUAUCACAAGCACGUAAGAACUCAGAUGGCAGCUGCAAAGGCACUCUACGAGUCCGGAAAUGUCAACCUGACCAUCACUGUCCUGGAAAAUUUGCUUGAGACGACGCAUUGCAGCUUGAUUGUACGACUGAAGGCGCAAAUCAUGCUGGCCCUGUCACAUGAGCUCUGGGCCUUUGCCGAAAAACACAGACUCCUGGCCGAGAGUCUCUGGAACCACAUCAGAUACAUCGAGCCUGUUGGCGAGGACCAGUUCAUCGAGACGACACUGGAAGAAACACGUCAGACUUUGGACAAACUCCGAACUUUACAAGAGGAAAAGCAGCCGCUCGACGACGAGUACGACCCAGAUGACACAGAGGGUCCCAGUACAGCACCCGAGGAACCCCUGCUGGAGCUGGGUAGAGGAGAUCUUAGAGGCCACAUUCAAGCCCUCGAAGCCGAGGUCCCAUUCAGACCAGGACAAGCAGCCUUGAAGCUUUCUGCAAUGUAUCAAGGUGUGGCAGUUCAUACCACACCGGAGUACGACAAUGCAGUCAAGUCAGGCGACAUGGAAGCAGCAGAUUCGUUCUUCUGGGAGAUGCUCAAGAAGGCAUUCCUAGAGGGAGAAGCAACGGCAAAGAGGCGUGUUGAACAACCUGCAACGGCGCCAAGCCAAGGGAAGCCCGGACUUGCACAAACUCCGAACACUCCGAGCAGCAAGAAGAAACGUCAAUGGUUCACUCAAAAAGCCGGUCAAGUUGCGACUUCCGCUAGGAAUCUCAGUCCAUGGCACGCCCCGUCUGCCGACGCGAUAUCCGAAUCACCAAGCACCCACUUGUCCCCUUCUCCUCGGCGCAGCUUUGAGAGUCCAACCGCACGCCGUGCAACCGCCGCUCGCCCAAACGACCAUGCCAUAAAUCCCAAUCUCCAGAAACCCCCUUCACGUUCGUUCAGUGCCAAACUCGCCGCAAUCACAAGUUCGGGCGGAAGGAAGAAAGUCAAGGAUACCGAGGGCAGCCCGGACAAGAAGGAGCAGGACACGGAACGUGAAAUUGAGCCUCCAAAGUUCGUAUUUCCCAUCAGGAAGAAAGAGGAAAAGGAAAUUGUUGCACCCUGGGAUACCGACGAAUGA